AAAUGAAAAUAAAAACGGUACUAUGAGUGCACCUUAUCUACGUACUUUCUUCUACACAUCUUCGUUUCUCCACCAAUGGCAACUUUAAAAUCACCCGUAACUCUAUUCACACCUAAACCUUUCUCAAAUACUAACUACCCUUUCCUCGCUAAAUCACCUUUUUCCGUUAAACUCCAUUCUUCACUUUUCUCUCACAACCACAAACUUCAAUUUUCUUCCUCCAAAACCCCAAUAUUCUGCUUUGCGUUGCAAGAUGUAGCACCAUCGCCAAUUCAAGAGGAAAUAACAGAUACAUUAAAUAACGUUAAGAAGAAGAAGCUCUGUGUCUUUAACUUACCUUGGUCUCUCUCCGUGACAGAUAUCAAAGACCUCUUCGCCCAAUGCGGAACCGUUAUCGACGUCGAGAUUAUAAAGAGCAAAGAUGGGAAGGGAAGAGGUUAUGCAUUCGUUACUAUGGAUUCAGGAGAGGAAGCUAAGGCUGCUGUUGAUAAAUUUGAUGCUUAUGUAAUAUCAGGCCGGAUAAUAAGGGUAGAGUUUGCAAAAAGAUUCAAGAAACCUCCUCCUCCUCCAUCUCGUCCAAGUCCCCCUCCUAGCGAGGCACGUUAUGUAAUUUAUGCAUCCAACCUUACAUGGAAAGCAAGAUCUACACAUCUCAGAGACGUCUUCACUGAGAAUUUCAAAUCACCAGUUUCAGCCAGGGUUGUCUUUGAAAGCCCUGCUGGAAGAUCUGCUGGGUAUGGAUUUGUAUCUUAUCAUACGAUGGAGGAAGCAGAGGCUGCCAUUUCUGCUUUGGAAGGGAAGGAGUUAAUGGGACGACCACUUCGUGUAAAAAUAAGUGAAAAGAAAGUUAAAGAAGCUGGAAGUGUAGAAAGUGAAGACCAAGAUGAUGAUGCUCAACAGGAAGAGUCAUAAAUUCUAUUUGAUUUUUGGUCGUGGUAUUCGAUUGAGAAGAAACCUCUACAAGCUGGAAUUUUACCUCAUGUAUACAAAGAAGAUAUGAAGGACGACUUGUUUCAUUCACAAUCUUUCUUCAAUUAGGUUGAGUUUGGCAUACCUUUAAAUUGUAGGUGAGAAUGUAAGAAGCUUUUCAUUAUAACUUUCCAUAUAAAUCUCAACUCUCAUUAUUUUUUUCACUCCCAAUUUAAAAGGGUAUUCAUAAAAUGCAGCAAAUCUCUAAAUGUUGUCAAUUAAGAGUUCAAAUCAUGUACAUUUCAUAUUAAGACUAAUUCAAUUCAUUGAGACUAGUAA